AUGCUGUUACUGCAUUUGGUAGCACUGGCCACCACAACUGCCGGAUAUGUGGUCACUACCAUGGUCAAUCAGAAGGCCACUUGCUAUCUUUACCCGGAGUCCUUGAGAAACGACGGCCAGUCCGUCGACGACGCGCCCUCAAUUCACCAGGCCUUCGCGACCUGCGGCCAGAAUGGCGAUGUCAUUUUCACGAACGGAGUUUUCAACAUUCAGUCAGUCAUGAAUACAACUAACCUGGCCAACUGCGACGUCUUGCUACAAGGAGAGCUCCGUUUCUCAACCGAUAUCGCCUACUGGCUUUCUCACUCCUACGACGUCGUCUUCCAGAACCAGUCUACCGCUUGGUUGUUUGGAGGCGAGAAUGUCACCUUCCGCGCUGAUGGCGGUUGGUAUAAUGGCCAGGGCCAAGCAUGGUACACUCAAAAUGAGAACCACAGCAACCAGCCAGGUCGCCCUAUCAGCAUCACGUUCUUUGAAUCGAAGAAUUUGCUGGUCGAUGGACUUCGCAUCAUACAACCACAGUUCUGGGCCACUUUCGUCACAUACAGUCAGAAUGUCUCUAUCACAAAUUUCUAUGUCAAUGCGACUAGCAACGACCAGUGGGGAACGGUCAAUACCGAUGGCUAUGAUUCGUGGAACAGCGAUAUGCUUCUCGUGGAGAAUGCAGUCGUGCAAAAUGGUGAUGACUGCAUUGCCGCAAAGGGCAACACGACGAAUCUGCAUGUGAAAAAUGUCACUUGCUACGACAACUUCGGCAUGACGAUUGGAUCUGUCGGCCAGUACCCAAAUAUGCCCGACUACGUGGAAAACGUCACAUUCGAAGACGUCACCUGUAUCAAUUGCAUGGAAGGCGCGUUCAUCAAGACCUGGCAAGGCAUAACAAACGAUGAUAACCUCAACGGCGACUCGGGCGGCGGAGGCAGCGGGGUAGUCAAGAACGUAACAUAUCGCAAUUUCGACAUGACAAACGUUGCUCUCCCGAUCCAGAUCUCACAGUGCAUCUACACCGAGGCCGAUGGCAAAUACUGCAACACGUCCAAGAUGGCCAUUUCGGAUAUAACAUGGUCAAAUAUCAAAGCCACGACGAGGUACAACGUCGGUGCAUCGAUCUAUUGCUCCGAUGUACACCCGUGUCCGGGUAUCAAGUUCGAAAACGUGCAGCUGGAGUCGGUAAAUCACACGCUCGGAUUGCCGAUGUGGGGGACCACCUUGCAGGACGAAGUUUAUCAGUGCAAGAACAUGGUGGGCCAGGACACAUCCGGUGUCCCUUGCAACCGUGUUGCGCCAAGUAACUACGGUCAAGUUGUGACCUCCAACAUCAAGGAGUGA